GGAAGUAUCUCACACGUCACUGGUAUAAGUUUACUGCUAAGUACAUGUUCAAUAGGUAUACUGUGACGGAUAACGCAAGCAGUUUUACUAACUUUCCUGGAUCUUACCAUUUUAUUUUCUUCCUCUAAACUGCAGCUACUGAUUAAAAAUGGAAAUUUAUUCAAUCAGAAGAGAAGUAAACUUAUUCGUUGUGGAAUCGGCAUCCCCUCCACCACCGCCUCCUGUGCAACAGCUGUCAGAGCUUCAAGCAGUUAUUAUACUAGACCCAGUCCCGAAUAUCAUGUGUCCGGCAAUUUUGGCCACCAUUUGCUGCUUUUUACCAACAGGCAUCGCUGCUAUUAUAUACAGCAGCAGAGCAAAUGCAUUGGCCGAAAAUGGAGGGAGAGAAGACGCGCUGGAGGCUAACGCUAAAGCAAAAAGGUUCAUCAAAAUAUCAAUUUUUCUUGGUAUUGUUAUUUUCCUUAUUGUGAUAAUAGUAGGAACUACGUCAUAAAAAGAGAACAAAUAAUAACUUGCCACUAAACAUUUUGUCCGGUGAACUAACGAUUCUGCCAUCUUACGCAAUGAUUGUUAUGAUGAUUAUUAAGGAAAACUGCAUUCAAUUAUUAACCACAAAUGUUGAGGAACAAUUCUCAUUGCUUUUAUUCAAAAAUAUUUGGAUCACUAAUAUUUCUUCUGAUCAUGUCAAAGAACAGGAAGUAGAAUUCACAACAAACAUACAAAUUAUUGCAUUUUAAUUUCAUUUGCAAUUUGUAUAUUGAAAUUUCGCGUAUGCUAUUUGUUUUUAAAACAUCUGAAAGUAGUUCCUCUCAUAAAGAUGAUUUUGUAUUUCAACUAAUUCAUUUUUUAACAAAAUAAUGACUGUUUAAUAUUUGUAAACACAACAAUAAAUUAACUUCUAUAUUAUAUGUAAUUAACAUUCAAUGAAAUAAAACAUUAUUUUCUUUACCAAAAA